AUGACAAAUUCCUUUCGAAACACACUACAAGUUCCACAAUCACCAAGACAAUCAAUAGAGCUUGACGUAUUAGAUGCCAAUGGAAGAUCCUUGACUCCUCCAAGGUCUAAUCAAAUGUUACAUGAGAUUGAGACUGGACGGAGUUCUGGCACUGUCAUGAAUGCUAUAAUAUCUAUCAUUCUACUUGUAUUAUGGCCUGGGCCAUCAAGUCGGCCAUCAAGUCGACCCGAUCACCAUAUUUUAGUACUUGGAGAUGCCCUGCAUGUACUUGCAAAUGGAGCGACCGCCCGCUACCGUCUUCUUGGUGCGGAAAACACAAUUACAAAAGCACGACGCUUAACACAGGCAGCUGUGGUCAGUCUUAUUCAAGAGAAAAGCAUUGUGGUAAUCGGCGCAAUUGCCCCACGUAUACAUGCUCAGCAAUAUGUCAUCCUGGACCAUGUAUCAAAAACGAAUGCACAGAUAGCUGCGGAGAGGAGAUGCCUCAAGAACCACCCAUCCCACAUCGAGCAGCUCUAG